UGAUGGAUCCCACUGGAGUACGGAUAUCAGUCACGGGUAACGUUUUGGACAUACCCAAGCCAAGGAGUGUCUGGUCUAAACACUUUGGGGACCUUCUACCGGAAUCCAAAAUUGCUCCGUUGAAGCUUACGAGCCACACGCUUAGUGAAUUGGGUAAGAAUCCUGCAACCAAGGCUACCGUGGUCAGCUUGCCAACGAUCGAAAGCUCGUUCGUCAGCCGCACUACGAAAGCAAUAGAAAGCUUCCUCUGGCGUUCUAUCCGAGGCUCAGGCCUUGCGCAUGGCGCCUACAUAACUGUAGAUAGAGAAGCUGGCUUGCUCGCAUUCUCCCUCUACCGGAGUUCCAACAACCUGGAAGCGUUCAAACAAGCAAAAGAGGUCGUUAGCGGACUAGUUGAUGGGACUGUGGCACUGGAGGAAACCGCUCUUGAUGCAGCCAAAAGUAGCAUUGUCUAUGGCGUCACCAAGAAUGUCGCAACGGCUGGCCGAGCUCGGCCAGAACGAGCUUAA